CUUGCUUCGAGCCGGGGUCGCGCUUAUAGGCGCGUUCACGUUGCAUAUCCAGUGUGUGAGCGCGAGCGGCAGUAGAUCAUCACAGUCCAUUCAGUUUCUACGCAGACGUUGACCAGUUUUUUCCACAGCGAUGGCCUCCGGUGUGAAAGUCACAGAUGAAGUUAUCGCAGUCUUCAACGACAUGAAGGUGCGUAAGGCUCAGGCCAACGAGGAUGAGAAGAGGAAGAGGAAGAAGGCCAUCCUGUUCUGCCUGAGCAAGGACCUCAAGAACAUUGUUCUGGAUGAUGGCAAGGAGAUCCUGCUGGGUGACUUGGGAACCACUGUCCAGGACCCCUACCAGCACUUUGUGAAGAUGCUGCCCCCAGACGACUGCCGCUAUGCCCUGUAUGAUGCGACCUAUGAGACCAAAGAAACAAAGAAGGAGGAUCUGGUCUUUAUCUUCUGGGCUCCAGAUAGUGCCCCCUUGAAGAGCAAGAUGAUCUAUGCCAGCUCAAAAGAUGCUAUCAAGAGGAAAUUCGAAGGUAUUAAGCACGAGUGGCAGGUGAACGGUUUGGAGGACCUCAAAGACCGGCACACCCUGGCAGAAAAGCUCGGCGGCUCAUCAGUAAUCAGCCUGGAAGGAUCCCCUAUAUAAAUAUUACCCCCCCCUCCUCUCUGGCUUCGAUCGAGGCCUUUCAGACACAUCUGUCGGGUUUAGCUGUUCAUUCCAGUGUGGUUUGGAGAAGGGCAAAAAGCAGAACCAGCACCAUUUGCGGGACUCUCGGGGAGGGAUAUUGUGGGUGGGUUUGGGGUCAAGUGACAGUUUAAAGAAAAAAAAAAGAAAUUCCACAAAUACAGACUGUCAUUCCAGUUCAAGCAACAUAAAGGAUAUGAACAAAACACACACAAAGGAAAAAAAAUUAAGAUACAACUGAGGAAGGAUGAUGAUGAUAUUGAUGAUGAAUACACAUAUUGUUCAUGCUUAGGGACAGGGUUUUGUUCUUUCCAGGUUCCAUUUGAAAAAAAAUUCAGAGAAAGGGACAGGCAACAACCUAGGUUUCCAACCAUUGAAUCCUGACAAAUAUUCGUUACAACUACAUUUUUUUUUUUUGCCAAACUUCUAGUUAAGUUUUGUAAGUGUGUGUAGUUGAGACUAGGUGUAGUAUAAACUAAUUCACUCUUGAUUGCACAUGAUGUAUCAAAACCUUCUCUGGGGGAACACGGUUAAAUAUAUAAAAAAAAAAUUUUUUUUUGUUAUUCCAUUGUUUUUUGUUUUUUUCGUUCGAACAUGCAAAUUCCAAAACUUGAGUGAUUCCUUUUUAUUUCCAGUUCUGGAUCAGAAAACCAUGGCAUUUGGUGUAGUAAACAGACAACAUUCCUUGUAUGUGUUAAAACCAGGAUCUCCUCGAUUUAAAAACUUUGGUGUUAUGAAGGUCUGAUGGGGAGCGAUGUGUAUAUGAAAGACCAGCGGUCAGAGUUUAGACUGAAUAUUGAAUGGUGGAUGUUUUGUAUCGUCUCCUUAUCUCUAAUAAAAAGCACUAAACUAC